AUGUUGGAAAGAGCAAAUGAGGCUAUCCGCUUUUACCAGCUACUGUUUGGAAUUGUGAAUCAGGAAGUUGUGCCAAAUAGAGCUCUCCUGGAAUUGUUGUUGAAUGCUAAACUUACUCUGGAAGAUGGGAAUUCUCUUUGUGGAACUGUUCUUGCUAUGGAAGUGAAGGAGGGUUUAUUUGCUGUGGAUCCAAGUAAAGCCCCUGUUGCUUGCGAUUUAAAAAGUGAAGCAAGAGAUCAUUUGCUUUUCUGCUGCCAUUUUUAG